AUGUCGGAGGGCGAUCGCAUCACACGGAGACACAGGGUCGACAAUUCCAAAGGGAGGGCUGGCAAUCGAGAUGCUGUCUCCGCCAAGCUCCGGGCAACAGAAGAGCUUUCCGGUGUGAUCGAAGAUUCGAGAGAUAAGAACGAGGGGCGAAGAGAAGCCAGGGCAAGCUUGGGCGGUAUAAUAAGUGCUAUAACACUUGUGAACUUCCCCGACUGGACGAAUAUAGUUCUUAUGGUUUCACUGAUAUUUGGCGGCUGCUGUGCUAACGUAUUUGCCCUGGAGGCCAUUAUCAAAGAUCAGCCUUCCUCAGGUCCUUUAAUAACCUUUGCUCAGUUUAUACUGACUGCACUGUUUACCUUGCCUAGUUUCAUGUCGCUGUCUGCUGGUCCCCGAUCCUUAUUCCUUGGUCCGAGGGCUAUCCCCCUGAGGUCGUGGUUCAUAUAUACGGCCUUCUUUGUGACCGUGAAUCUUCUCAAUAAUUGGGCCUUUGCUUACAAGAUCUCCGUACCGUUGCACAUAAUACUCAGAUCCGGGGGGCCGGUUGCAUCUAUGAUUGUUGGUUAUCUCUUCAAUUUCAAAAGAUAUUCACAAGGUCAGGUCAUUUCAGUGGCGAUGCUUACCCUAGGCGUUGUCACUGCAGCAUUAGCAGAUGCGCGUGCUAAGGGCUCUAUUGGGAUCGGGAACGAAGAUAGCGACGCCAGGUUCACUAGAACCUUGAUCGGUUUCACUAUCCUUGCUCUUGCAAUGAUCCUCUCUGCUUUCCAGGGGAUCUAUGCAGAUCGUUUGUACGAAAGGUACGGGAGAAGCCAUUGGAAAGAGGCUCUCUUUUACUCACAUACGCUUUCGUUGCCACUUUUCAUACCAACAUAUUCGCAUCUGCUGAGUCAAUGGCAAGCCCUCUUCUUAUCGCCCCACUUGCUUUCCAAAGUGACCACAUUGAUGGCAGAGGGCGGCUCUUCAAAUUCCACCUUGCACAAAGUCGGAAAUCUUGCUGCCACAAAAUUGCCUUUCGGAACCAGUGCAGGCACCUUUCUAGGAGCUCUUAGAGACUCUCACCUAGCUCCUUUCUUGGCAUUUAUUCCAAUGCGGAUGGUCUACCUCCUGAUGAAUGCCUUGACACAAUAUCUUUGCAUUCGUGGGGUUCAUUACCUCUCGGCAAAAUCGUCUUCCCUAACUGUUACUAUAGUACUGAACAUUCGAAAAUUGCUCUCGCUUGUAUUGUCAAUCUAUCUGUUUGGCAAUGAUCUUGCGCUGGGUGUGCUCAUCGGUGGCCUACUUGUCUUCUCAGGGGGCGCAUUGUAUGGCUUCGAGGGUGCGCGGCUGAGAAGUACCAAGAAUAAUUAG